AUGCAGCCUGUCCACCUCGUCAUUCUAAUUCACGGACUGUACGGCUCCUCACUCAACUUGGCGGCGGUAAAAGAAGAACUCCAGAGUUUAUCGUCUCAGCAGAUCCCUUCGUCUCCUGCGAGUUCACGCUCGACUGAGAGGUCAUUAGAGACAGUCGUAUAUCUGCCUGAAGGGAUCAAAGGCGCUCGAACAUGGGAUGGGAUCGACGUCUGUGCUUAUAGGAUAGUGGAGGAGAUUGAUCGAGAGAUUGAGAGACUGGAAGAUCAGGGCAAAGAUGUCGUAGGGUUCUCAGUGAUGGGGUACUCAUUAGGGGGACUCAUAUCACGAUACGUCAUCGGUGUCCUGCAUUCUAGACAGCCUUCCUUCUUUUCCAGACAUAAGCCAAUAUCAUUCUCUACAGCGGCUACACCACAUUUAGGAGUUCUCAGAUAUGGUACACUCACCAACACAGUGGUACAUACUGUCGGGAGACAGCUGUUCAGCCGUAGCGGAAGGCAGAUAUACUGUUUAGAUAAAGAACCGGAACGGGCAGGAAGGGGAUUGUUGGAAUUGAUGGCUGAUCCUGAUCACGUCUUCAUUCAAGCCUUAAAGAUAUUUCCGAAAGUAAUGAUAAUAGCGAAUGGCUGCGAAGAUCAAACCGUUCCGUAUCCGACAGCAUCCAUCAGCUCCUCCGACCCAUUCUCUGAUUCGUCAAUAUUGGAUAUCGAAGUAGAUGACGAUCAUAUAGUCCGAUCCUGGAAGAGGAUCGAACUGCCUGAUCCUGACGAUUUACCAGUAAAUCACAGUAUGGACGUUGACGACGAUGGUGAGGAAGUUCAGAUACACAUCAAAGUGAUGAAGUCUCCAGUCAACAGGAUACCGACCGAAUGGAAAGGUAGAAGAAGACAACCACUUCCUCCUCCGUUUAUGGUGUUUCCUUGGCCUAUCAAUUAUCUGUUAUUCUUGAUAUUCCCUUUACUCUUGCCAUUCGUGCUGGUAUAUCUAGCUGGGGCUAUAACACUGCAUAACUUUCACUCUCGCAAACGUAUACAAACCCACCGUAACUUACUUGAUCGUCAACCGCUUCUCGUCUCUUCGUCCUCCUCUCUUGCCAACGCCAUCGAAAAUGCUACUACAGAGCUCCGAGAUACACUAUCAGACUCGGUUAGGCCGUCCACGUCGAUUGACGGUAUCUCCACACCGCCUUUAUCAGAACCGGUCGAACAUAGUAAAACCGCUCCAUUGCUUUUAACGCCCGCGCAGAAAGUGAUGAUACGUAAUUUGAAUGAGGCGAUCCCUCAUGCGGAGAGAGUGAUAGCUUGGUUUCCUUGGGCCUAUAACAGUCAUGCUAUGUUGAUCUGCCGGGACACAAAGCGAUUUCCAUGGCAGGAAGACGGGAGAGGUGUAGUCAGAAGAUGGACAAACUUUGCUUAUCAAGCAGGUAUAGAACAAUUGGGUGAAGAUAGAAAGGAUAAUGAUAGUACAUCAAUGACGGUACACGAUUGA